AUGACAUCCUUUGUUGCUAUCGACCAUUUCACCAAGGCUUCCCUCACGGCAAUCCCUCCAGAUGAGAAGCCAACGUACAACAGCCUAAAAGUUAUCCACCAGGAACUCAAUGCCAAUGCUAUGGCCAUUCCCCCCACGCACGGAGGAGGCCACUAUGGACACCUUGCCCUAGUCAUCUCAACCCCAGCAUUCAAUGCUCUCCCCAACACAGUCCCAUGGGACAAUCCAGAGCAUCCAGGAGCAGCACCAGUGCAUGGAGCAGCACCAACUGGCGCUCAAAUCUCAGAGACAAACAUGUUAUUUGCAGCCCAAGAAACCAAGUUCCUAGUCUUCAGGGGCACCGAAACAGCACUACAGAAACAGCUACUCGAGGCAGUCCCUGACACCUUCACCAAAACGCUCAAGCAUGAAAUGUAUGGAUAUGCCCAGGUCACGGCACUCCAAAUCCUCACCCACCUUGACAACACGUAUGGCACAAUCGAUGCAGAUGACAUCAAGGACAAUGAAAAGCGCAUGAACGCAGACUUGAGUCCAACACAGCCCAUUGAAGACCUCUACAAUCAAGUCAAAGAUGCACAAAAAUUUGCAGUGGACCACGACGUCAUUUCAGACAAACGAGCCAUCAGCGCCAUCAUCGGCAACUUAACCAAAAGUGGAGUAUUCACGGAUGCUCUCAAAGAUUGGCGAAAGACAACCACGGCCGAACAAACCAUGGUAGCCCUCGAGACGCACUUCACUGCAGCCGACAAAGAACGCCGCCGAAUUCUCACACCAAAGGCCGUCGGAUAUGCGAACAAAGCGACAGAGAAGAGUGGCAAGGCGACCGACAACAAGCCGACCCCCACAGGAAACGGCAUCCCCAUGUAUUAUUGUUGGUCACACGGACUUGGUCCCAACAACACCCACACAAGCAACAGCUGCUCCAAACCAGUCCAAGGACAUUGCAAGGAGGCAACAGCCGACAACAUGAUGGGAGGUUGCUGCGUCAUCAGACGCAUGUUUGGGGAAAAGGCAAUCUACCGCCGCCCCCAACGUGAAUGCGCAAACCAAAACAAUGACGAAAACCAACCACCAGCCAAUCGCUGA